GCCUCAGAUUGGUCAGAAGUUCCUGUUUCAACACAGACGCGAUAUAAAUGUCAACAUCGACGCUGUAAGCCUGAAAAAGAAACUCAAACAAGAGAAGACAGGAGAUUAACCGUUCACGUGGUGUGAUAAUCGAGUAUGGUGGACAGUGUUUACCGUACACGCUCUCUCGGCGUAGGUGUAGUUGGUCUUCCUGAUCAGUAUGCCGAUGGUAAAGCAGCGAAAGUGUGGCAGCUGUAUAUCGGAGACACUCGGAGCAGGACAGAGGAGUACAAGAGCUGGGUGCUGUCCCUGCUCAGAAAGCAUGGGGUUCAGAAGGUGCUGGAUGUAGCCUGCGGCACAGGGGUGGAUUCCAUCAUGUUGGUAGAAGAGGGAUUCAAGGUGGUUAGUGUGGAUGCCAGUGACAAAAUGCUCAAAUAUGCUCUUAAAGAGAGAUGGGAGAGGAGAAAAGAGUCCACCUUCGAUAACUGGGUAAUUGAGGAGGCCAACUGGCUAACAUUAUCAGAAGAUGUUAAAAAACCUGGAGAUGGGUUUGAUGCAGUAAUCUGUCUAGGCAAUUCAUUUGCUCAUUUACCAGACUUCAAAGGGGACCAGAGUGAUCAUAAGCUUGCCUUACAAAACAUAGCCAGCAUGGUGAAACCUGGAGGGAUCCUAAUCAUUGACCACCGUAACUAUGAUUACAUCCUUGAGACUGGCCAAGCACCCCAAGGAAAGAAUAUUUACUAUAAGGAUUUGUUGAUGUCAUUGCUUUGGGUUAAUAUAUAGUAUAACAUGAUCACACUGGACUACACUCUGGAACUGCCUCAACCAGAGGAUGUUCAGACUCCACCUGAUACAAGUAAAUUCCGCCUGUCAUACUACCCCCAUCGUUUGGAGAGUUUUAAGGAGAUUUUGAGAGCAUCGUUCUUUGGAAAAUGCGAGCACAAUGUAUAUGGAGACUUCAAGCAAUACAGCCCAGGGCAAGGAGAUGUGCCCUGUUAUUUCAUUCAUGUGGUUAAAAAGACUACUUAAAGCCACAUGUAUUCUGCCAUUUUAUUUCAUCUUCACAUGGAAAAAUGGUUGUGAAAAUUGGUCUGUGCAAAAAAAACUUGACUGGGGCUUGCAUGACAAUACAACUGCAGGGAGUUAUUUUAGUUCUUUUUCUUUGAAACUGAAAAUGUACCUCAUUUGAACUGGUACGAGGUCUACAUGAUCUUCUAAUUAUUUCCCUCAUGCUUAAUUUGAAUCAAUAUCUUUUUUCUCUUUUUAUUUACUCUUUCAUGUUACACAUUCUUAAGCAUGAACAAUAUACAUAUACAUUGUACUUUACAGAACACUGCUGAGAGCAUGUCACACAGAAUGUGUUUUUGUGUUCCACUGUGCUGCUUAAUUGUUUUCUAUGUAAACAUGCGCUAGACCAGGGGUAGGCAACGUCAGUCCUGUAGUGCCGAUGUCCUGCAGAGUUUAGCUCUAACCCUAAUCAAACACACCUGAACAAGCUAAUCAAGGUCUUCAGGAUUGCUAAUGCUGCGUUCCAGGCAACCCGUAAUUCGUGUUUUUCCAGCCUUCUACCCGUGAAAGUGCACUGGAACGGCAGUCAAACCCAUGACUUCCCACCCGUGAACUCGUACUAGAUCGAUGUACUCCGAGUUCGGAGCUCUGACAUCACAUAGCCCGCGAAACAACAAUGGCAGCCCCUAAGGAUAAUACUGCCUAUGGAUGCAGUGUUUAUGCAAAUGGUACACGGUGUGAAAUAUACUUUAGUACAAUAUAACAUUGCAAUAAAAUUAAUAAUCUAGCUACAAUUCCUUGCGCUCAGGCAGUUUGGCUUGACUUGCCUGGAACGCUUAAGCAUAAGGCUACAGAUAAGUGAAGUUUUUUUUUCAGGGUUGGAGCUAAAUUUUACAGGACAUCGGCACUCCAGGACCGACGUUGCCUACCCCUGCACUAGACGGAUGUCUUUGUCCAUUGACCCACAUGUCAAAUUACAGAAGUCAAAAUAAAAAAAAAAAUAAAUGCAUAAAAACCUCUUUAUCACCCCUGAAUAUUAAAGCAUUAUGGAAUAUGCUAUGUAAUAUAAACAGAUAAAUAAGAAUGUUUGUGACACAAGUCCGCAGGUAUAUCCAUGCUAUUCAGACUAACAGCAUUAAUCAUGCUGUAAUAUUACUUUUUAAAAACAAUCAAUAUAAUUAUUUCCAGUUACUCUGUUUCGAACUGUGUGGCAAAAAUAGACAAAAUGGAAGUAGCAAUUCAUACUGUGUGUUCGAGAAACUAAUGUAUUUGAAAAAUACAUUUUUGUUUUGUUAAUAAUUGAAUUGCUCACUUAUAAAGACAGUUGUUUCCAACUACUGGCUUAACAUUGUAACCUGAAGAAAGAAUCGUUGAAAAAUCCUUAGCAAUUACAUAGUCAGCCUGUUUGGAACAUGGUGCAAACACAGUUAAACAAGAUGAUACAAACAGUUUAAGUAAAAGUGUGAUUAAGUUCUACAUUAAACUUCAAUUCACACAUACAAAAUGAACCAUACACAGUAUAAAUAUACCCAUACAUAUAUGUGUAUUACUAAAUGUUCAGACAAAUACAUAUCUGCAAAUACAUGUCUUUCAAAAAUGAUUUUAAGUUCUGAUUCUUUACUGUUUUUCAGGGUGAUUUAUAUAUGCACUGGCUGAUACAUAGUCUAAUGAUCUAUAGGUAUGCAAACAUUAAAGUUUACUGAACCUGUUUUUUCCAGUGUUCAAACUGUAUUUUCUUAAACAUCUUAUUGCAUUUUUACCACUGUUUCUUUAGGUUUGCUCAUUGAGGUUUGUAAGGCUUUAUUUUAUUUUCCUUCGUGUGUGUUGAUCCAUAUCAAAGUCCUUUGACACUCACAAUGUCAGGACGGUCUGGUGUUGAAUUCCAAAAUAAAUGCCCUCCAAAAAUUAA